AUGCCAGAAUAUUAUGUAUGGUCGGAACAUGGUGAAGAUUAUGAUGUCGGUAGCGGAGGUACAAAUAGUCAUUAUGCUAAUGUAGAUUUUACUAGUGAUAAUCAACCACCAACAUUUGAUAGAGGAAAUGUAUAUGUUGGGAUGGUGAAUGAUACAUUUUAUGGUACUACCCCAUUUAAUCAUCAUGAAUACCAUGAACAUCGAAGUGGAUAUGAUCAUAUUCAUGAAGAACCUGUUCAUGAAGAACCUACACAAGAGGCAAAACGGUUUUAUGACAUGUUAGAUGCUGCAAAUACUUCACUUUAUGAUGGUUGUCGCGAAGGUCAUUCAAAGUUGUCUUUAGCAGCUCGAUUCAUGAACAUUAAGGCAGACCAUAAUAUAGCUGAAAGCUGCAUGGACUCAUGGUCUGAAUUGUUUACAGAGUAUUUACUGGAGGCUAAUCAAGCACCUAGUUUGUACUACGAGAUAGAAACUUUGAUGCGAAAAUUAGGAUUGCCGUACCAUACAUUUGAUGUAUGUAUAGAUAAUUGUUUGCUCUUUUGGAAAGACAAUGAGAAGUUGGAGCAUUGCAAGUUUUGUGGCAAACCAAGAUAUAAGGAUAGUGAGGGUCGAACAAAAAUCCCAUUCAGUCGAAUGUGGUAUUUACCUAUUUCUGAUAGGUUGAAGAGAUUGUACCAAUCAGAGAAAACUGCAGCAUUGAUGAGAUGGCAUGCUGAGCAUGAGUCAGAAGACGGAGUAAUGUGUCAUCCAUCUGAUGCAGCAGAGUGGAAGAAUUUCCAACAAUUGCAGCCUAUAUUUGCUGAAGAAUAA